UGGUGACAGGGAUGAAAGGGGCAGUGCUUACACUUCAUCAUCUUCCUGCGACACGUAUUCCUCUAUGUGGGUAAGAAGAGUUAUCUGUGGCAGUGGAACGAGCGUUACGGAUUGAGACAGAGCAGAGGUUAUGCUACCAACUGUGUCUGUUGUGAGGUAAGAGCGUGGGGCUUUCUGUUGUGGACGACUUCACGUUCCUAAGCUGCUGGGUGUCAGUCAGACUCCACGGGAUCCAUUAGUAAGGUACCAAGUUAGAUAAUUGGAAGCCAUCCCUAGAGAUAGCUCUUUGAAAGAUUAGCUAGUCAGUUGGCUAACGUAGUACGGUUACCCAGCUAGGCUACUGCUGGAGAAAUACGACUCCCAAAGAGAGAGAGAAAGAGAGAGAGACACCGGCACCCACAGCUGCGAGCUCUGCUUCAUUUGGGCUUAUCUUACCUGAGAGGAGGAAAUACAAAUCGAUGGUGGAGGGACCUUGUCAUCAGACGUCACAUUUCGUGUUUCUGAGUGCCCAGACUGCUACAGCCGUGGACUUCACCAGUAGAGGAGCCACAGUGCCCUGAGGGGGACCAAUAGACUCAAUGCCAAGCCCUUCCCCUCCUCAGACAGCCUAGUGAAGGUGCAGGAGGUAGCAAGCUGGCUUUUGGAAAUGAACCAGGAUCUGCUGUCGGGGGGCAGCAGGCGGAGAGGGGGGCCGCGGCCACGGCCAGGGCCGGGGGGUCGAGGUAACGGCUCCUCGGCCCGCACAGCGGUGGCAGCGGCCUCAGGGACGGCCUCGGCCCACCAGCCGGGCCAGGGGGCUGAGGAGGAAGAGGAGAACAUGAACCGUGUGGUCGAGGACGAAGAGCAGGAUCAACCCAGAGACGCUGCAGAAGACCAGCAGGUCCGCGAGGGGGAGGAGGUAGAGGAGGGUGAGGAGGAGGAGGAGGAGGAAGAGGAUGAGGAGGAGGAAGAAGAAGAAGAGGAGGGUGAGGAGGAGGAAGAAGAGGAGGAAGAGAUGUGGCCCUCGGGAGAGAUGGGCAGCGGUGAGGACCAUGGCGAGGGCGCCCCCCGCAGGCAGUGCAGCGCGGUGAAUGGAGGAGAGCAGGGAGCGUGCUGGGCCCUGGAGCAGGGCAGACGCCGACGGCAGGACCAGGAGGACGAGGAGGAGGAGGAAGAGGAAGAGGAGAACAACAACAGCAGCAGCAGCCUCGGGGAAGGAGGAGCUGGGCGGCACAGAGGAGAGGAGGAAAGGACAGAACGGGGGGAGGAGGGGGGGAGAGGAGCCCAGCGCGAGAGGCGAGAGGAGGAGGAGGAAGGAGAGGAAGAGAUGGACCAGGACAGUGACGAGUUUGAGAACUCGGAGGAGAGUGAGAGAGAGGAGGAGGAAGAGGAGGAGGAGGAGGAGGAGGGCCUAAGGAACAGCGUUUCAGGCUCUAUUGACAACGUGGAUGCCUCAUCAGGACGACCUCAUCAGAACGCGGCCUCGCCCUUCAAGAAGAAGAUGAAGAGAAAGUUGGACCAUGGUCCCGAGGUCCGACCCUUCCCUGCAGGGAAGAAACCCUACAAAGGCCCGGAGUACCCAAGCCCCACAGGGCUUGUCCCGUACUCUGGCACUCCCACCACGUUCGGGGCCAUCCGGGCGGCCAACGGCCAGGGCCAGCAGCGGCGGCGCAUCACCUCCAUCCAGCCCCCCAGCGGCCUGCAGGAAUGGCUCCGCACAUUUCAGAGCUGGAGUGGUCCAGAGAAGCUGCUGGCAUUGGAUGAGUUGAUAGACAGCUGUGAGCCCACACAGGUGAAGCACAUGAUGCAGGUGAUCGAGCCGCAGUUCCAGCGUGACUUCAUCUCACUCCUGCCCAAAGAGCUGGCGUUGUAUGUGCUGUCGUUCCUGGAGCCGAAGGACCUGCUGCAGGCAGCACAGACGUGUCGCUACUGGCGCAUCCUGGCAGAGGACAACCUGCUGUGGAGGGAGAAGUGCAGGGAGGAGGCUUUCACUUUCGUUCUCCUAGGUAUUGAUGAGCCUCUGCACAUCAAACGGCGGAAAGUGAUCAAACCCGGUUUCACGCACAGUCCCUGGAAGAGUGCUUACAUCAGGCAGCACAGAAUAGACACCAACUGGAGGAGAGGAGACCUCCGAUCACCCAAGGUGCUGAAGGGCCACGACGAUCACGUGAUCACCUGUCUCCAGUUCUGUGGGAACCGCAUCGUCAGUGGCUCCGAUGACAACACGCUCAAAGUGUGGUCAGCAGUCACCGGAAAGUGUUUGCGGACGUUGGUGGGCCACACAGGUGGCGUGUGGUCGUCCCAGAUGAGGGACAACAUCAUCAUCAGCGGCUCGACGGACCGCACGCUGAAGGUGUGGAACGCCGAGACGGGGGAAUGUAUCCACACGCUGUACGGACACACCUCCACUGUGCGCUGCAUGCACCUGCACGAGAAAAGGGUGGUGAGUGGGUCCCGGGACGCCACGCUGCGUGUGUGGGACAUCGAGACGGGUCAGUGCCUGCACGUGCUCAUGGGCCACGUGGCGGCGGUGCGCUGUGUGCAGUACGACGGGCGCAGGGUGGUGAGCGGCGCCUACGACUUCAUGGUCAAGGUGUGGGACCCUGAAACCGAGACCUGCCUGCACACGCUGCAGGGCCACACCAACAGAGUCUACUCCUUACAGUUUGACGGUGUCCACGUGGUGAGCGGCUCGUUGGACACGUCUAUCCGCGUGUGGGACGUGGAGACGGGGAACUGCAUCCACACGCUCACCGGGCACCAGUCCCUCACCAGCGGCAUGGAGCUCAAGGACAACAUCCUGGUGUCUGGCAACGCCGACUCCACCGUCAAGAUCUGGGACAUCAAGACGGGCCAGUGCCUCCAGACACUUCAAGGUCCCCACAAGCACCAGAGCGCCGUCACGUGCCUCCAGUUCAACAAGAACUUUGUGAUCACCAGCUCGGACGACGGCACGGUGAAGCUGUGGGACCUGAAGACGGGCGAGUUCAUCCGCAACUUGGUGACGCUGGAGAGCGGCGGCAGCGGCGGCGUGGUGUGGCGCAUCCGUGCCUCCAACACCAAGCUGGUGUGCGCCGUGGGCAGCCGCAACGGCACGGAGGAGACCAAGCUGCUCGUGCUGGACUUUGACGUGGACAUGAAGUGAAAUAGGUUUUUAAAGACGGAGGGGAUGAUGAAGAUAUGGAGGAGGAGGAGGAGGAGGGGAGAACACGAGGGGGAGGGGGAGAGGGAGAGAGAGCGAGAGAGGGAGAGAAGGGUUUACGGUGGAUGGCUGGGCCCCCUUGUGGAGCUCCAUGCCAGGAUCCAUCGCUUGCUCUUUUAAUUCAAACAGCAACAAAAAAAAAAUGUAUCUCUCCAACCACCUCCAGCCCUCCCCAUCUGCUGGGUGGUGGUGGUGGUGGUGGUGGUGGUGGAGGCUGGCACUGCAGUCUCUCCAUCAAUCCUCUCUCUCUCUCCUCGACUGGUUGGGGGAGGUGUCGAGACCUCUGCUCUGGGUGGAAGACGAGAGGAGAGCGAGGAUCAAGUGGAGGAGGGGCUGAGGUGGAGAGGACUGAACUCUCUGCAGUCUCCUCCCCCACCCUCCAGAUGUGUGUCUGCAGCAGGACGCUGGCUUGCCUGCAGCGUGACAGAGACUGGUCUGCACUUGCCUGCAGCGUGACAAGAGACUGGUCCGCACUUGCCAGCGAUCCUGUACAAAACCCACCUGACUUUAGCCCCCUCCACGUCCCUCACCUGAACAGAGCCCACACUGUUCAGAGCAGGCCAUGAGCGAGCCAACGCCAGGCAGCCGUACACACACACACACACACACACACACACACACACACACACACACACACACACACACACACGUCCUCACAGAGACCUCCGAUUGAGUUCUACACAGAGUGCUGCUUAUGGAGCCACCCCCCCACAGGGUGACAGGGUUUGGGGACAGUUGCACAGGGCGAAGAGAAGAGAAGAGAAGCCUGGUGGCCUCGGCCCUGGGGCAGGUGCUCUUCACUUUCGAUUCUUUUUUGCUUGUUUCCUUUUUCUUUCUUCUUUUCACCGUUUCGUUUCCUGUCUUUCAGUUUUUUCACAAACAAAAGGCGGACUGUGAAUUCUUUUAGCACGCUCACUGAAUUUCCUGUCCCCUCUCGUUUUGCCUGCUGUUGCCAAUAGCAACACAUCCCAGUAUUAAGCUGUUCUUUGCUCUCCACGUUACAUUCUCUUUAUUUGUUGGAUUUAAUUUUUUUCAUGUUUUUUUUUUCUUUCUUCUCUCCUUCCAUCUCUUUCUCUCCGUUCCGAACACAGCUCACUGGAUGUCUAGCCUCCAGCAGAGUGUGUCCGCCCAUUGGCCUUUAUGUAGGAGAGCCAGGACAAAUGGUCACCCCAGUGCAGGUGCUUAAAGCUGACGAUGUGGGGAGAGGUGGGAGUUGUGUGUGUGUACGUGGGUGUGUGUGUGUGUGUAUGUGUGCAUUUGAGUGGUGGUGGUGGCGGUAAUCGAGCUAGCGUCACCUCAGAGCUCCUUGGAAGCGCUCUUUUUUUCCCCAGUACUGUUUCUCCCAGUGGCCAAACGGAUUUCAUGCUGCUAGAGAGAGAAAAACAAGGUGGAACUUUUAACUUGCUGUGACGUUUUAGUCCCAGACUCAAUUCCAAAAAUUGACUCUAUAGUUUGGAUGGAGGAGAAAAAAAAUGAUGCGCAAUGGAAAUUACAACCGACAUUUUUUGUGUUUUUUUUUUUUUUGGUUUAGUUUUUUUUGUUUUGUUUUGUUUUUGCCACUGAAACUUGAGCCAAAUGUGCCUCAACGAGGCUGAGAAGAGGUAAAGUCAUGAACAGACAAAGACAGGUUUGCCUGAGGAGACAGGAUACGAUUGACAUGAGCAAAUUAAUAUGUGUGUGUGUGUGUGUGUGUGUGUGUGUGUGUGCGUGCGUGCGUGUGUGCGUGUGUGUGUAUGCCGUUUGGGGUCUUGGAAAAUUGUAAACACAUUCCUUUGGACAAAGCUCUGUUAGCCUGUACUCUCUCAAAAUGUAUGUGUUUGAUGGGGAUUACUAAAAGAAUAACCCAGUCAUGGGGUUUUAAAGUGAAUGAGAACUGUCCAUGUAGCUGUCUUUUGAGCUUGACGUCUGUGUUUCGUUCACUCGAAUGUUUUUUGCAACAGAUUUCAGAGGCAUCACCGUUAAACCAACUGACAGGUCUAUGUGGUGACAAGGCAGAGUUGUAGUGUUUGACAUGUUACAGUACCAGAGCCUCUCGUGCGCUCUGAACAAGAAGAGGGGACAAGAAACAGCAUCACAGGCAAAUUAAUUCAAGGUGAACAUAGCCAAACGAUUAGUCUCAUUCUCCAAGUCACACAACUCAAGCUGAACUGUGAAAGUGGUAUAACACUGUAUAUUAUAAAACAAUCUUGUUCUCUCUCUUAUCUGUUUUUUCCUUUUUAUUUCAGUUUAAUUUAUGAUCUGGUUUUAAAAAAUCAGAUGUUGGAGGUGUUUUUAUUUUUCAUUCUGUUCAUGUAACUGCCUGGCAUAACAGACAGAAAAAAAACUUAAAGGGAUUGUGUAUUGUUUGAUUCACUUAGAAUUUUUAUUUUCUUAUAACUUAAGUGCAAUAAAAUGUGUUUUUUCUUUUUCAUUUCAAGCCUUUUGGUUGUGUGUGCUUGUCAGUGUGGAAGUGUCAUUCGUGUUAAAUAAAGCUUCAACCAUC